AUGGAACGAAAAAGAAGAGCAAAAGGUUCAGAAAGUGUGAAACAGGAACAAAAACAUCUGAGAGCGAGUGGCUUAGAGUACAAAACAUAUCGGCUUGAUUUAGAUAAGGUACAUCAGUUUUCUAUGGAACAUAAUCUUACUAUUAAUCCAGAUAAGACACAAGUGUUAUUGUUUUGUUCUGAUCAGAAGAGGAAAACUGUCGAAGAUUCUUUCCAUCUGACUAUUGAUGGCAUAACAUUACAGCAUACUCAAACAGCUGUGCAACAUCCAACAGCCAUAGCCAAUUACAGGAUGGAUAAACAUGAAAAUAUAAACAAAUGCAUGUAG